AGGAAAAGCCAAGUACUUUUGACAAUGCUAUUAAAAAUGCUGGCUUUGAGAUUUAGGACUCACGGAAUCAAAUGAUGUUUAAUUUCCUUCUCUCUCGACUUGUAGGUGGUAACUGGUAUUUUUUUUCUUUGUUUUGGGGUAUAUUAUAUGCAAAUCUUUUUUAUGGUAUUUUAACUCAAUUUCCAAUUAUCAUUAAAAAUUAUCAAUUUUUAAUUAGUCUCAACAAAUGGUCCCAUAGCCUGCACGGUGAGGUGGAGAUUGCUAGUGACUAGAAACAAAAGAAAAGUAGGAAUAUUGUGCACCAUAUGAAAAUUGGUCUUUAAUUUGUGCCUUUGACUUCCAUUAUGUGCUAUGUCUUUACUUUAGCAUAACCUUUAUUCUAGCAGUAAAAAGCACACAACUAAACUCUGGACAUGUCAUAAUUUAGAGAAGUGGUGACACGUCUCAGAUCAGCUUCUUGGUAUUGAAGGUUAGUUGUUUUGCCCGUUGAACAUAUAUUUUCCCCCAUUGUUUUUGUUAUGAAUCAUACAUCUCAUUUCAUAUUAUUAAUCUUUUUUCUCCAUUAGAGCGAACGAGAAUUUGUUGCCUAGUGGAAUAUGAAUGUUCUGGUUUGUGUCUAUACUUGCUCAUGCAAGUAUGUUUUAACUGAAGGUAGCCUCCCAUGGAUGAUCCAUAAUUUCUUACAUUUGCUAUCAUGCGUCAUAAUUUUUUAAAUAGCUAGGUAAAUGUCUUAGCAAUCAAAUUGACUCAGAAGGAAGGGGAGUUGAUUUAAGAAAAGUUUGGAGUGAAAAAACUAGCUACAAGGCAAAUUUAUUCCAGUUCUUACAGUUAAGUAGUGUUAUUUUUGUAUUUCAUAAUCUCUUUGUUUCCAAAUAUGUCCUUAAUUCUAUUUUCUUUGUGAGUUUAAACUAAUAGUUAUUGAAAUUUUGCCAUUUGAGAUUUAUAUGUGGUUUGUUUUGUUCCCACUCUGUUUGCUGUUUGCUGUUUGGCCCUGCAUCUUGUUAGUUUAAUUUUUUUGUUUUGAAGAUUGUCUAAGUACAUUGUUCCAUGUUUGCUGUUAACUUUGGAGGUUGAGGGGCUAAUAGGGGAGGCUCAUCUAGAGGCUAGGAAAACUAAAUUUUAUUGCAUUGGAGUAUUAGACAAGCAAGGCAAAUUAUCAUAAUUUACUAAGUUUUGCAUUGUUAGUUUUUUCAAGUAUUAAUAGCAGUUUUGCAUUUUUCAUUUCCAGAUGGAAGAAAUUUUAAGGGCAUCAAUUUGCAUUUGGGUUUAUGACUGGUUCUUUUGGUACUUUUUGUUCAAAGACAGAAUUUGUAUCAUACUCAUUAUUGCUUUGGGAGACUCUUGGAUAUAAAAGAUUAAACAUUUUUGAAUGUUUUAAUAUAUAUUAGUAUGAGAAAUUAUGGUUUGUAUUGUUACUGUAUUAUUUUUUCCUAAUCAAGAUAUUGUAAUUUG